GCCUUAGAAACCAGUUUGGGACUACCGAGCUACUGCUUUUCUGGAAAUCAGGCAAGUGGGACCAGCACCUACAGCAGGAGCGCACUUGGCCAAUGCACCGUCUGCUCAAGCUUUCCUGGAGGACCGGAGCCUUCCGCCAGGAGCGUCACCGAUCUCGCGAGACGACGGUUCCUUGGAGGACACAAAAUUCCCCGGCUGCUAGGGCCGAGGAUUUUUGCGAAGUUAAAUUCCAAGGUGCAGAAGUGGCUGUGGGUUGUCGGCUCUAAUCGCUCAGAAAUCAACCCCCGGUUCCACACGGAAAGCUAGGACCCCGGCCGCCAUGGACGGGCAGCAAGGGCAGGAAAGUCCCACAGCCCUAGCACUAGCCCAGGCUCAUUUCAAGAAAGGGGAAUACGCGGAGGCCGAAACGCUGUACUCCGCUUACAUUCGCCAGUGCGCCUGUGCAGCCUCGGAGGGAGCAGCUCGCGGGAGCAAAUGCAGCCCUGAGGAUUUGGCUACUGCAUUUAACAACAGGGGGCAAAUCAAGUACUUCAGGGUUGAUUUUUACGAAGCCAUGGACGACUACACAUCUGCUAUAGAAGUCCAACCCAGUUUUGAAGUUCCUUAUUACAACAGAGGCUUGAUAUUGUACAGGCUGGGAUACUUUGAUGAUGCUUUGGAAGAUUUCAAGAAAGUAUUAGACUUAAAUCCUGGAUUUCAAGAUGCUGUUUUGAGCUUAAAACAGACUAUUCUAGACAAAGAAGAAAAGCAAAGAAGAAAUUAUUGAAAAUUUUAACUCAUGAUCCUAAUGGCUGGCAUCUCCUUGUCUCUUAACUGAAAGCUGGUGUUAAACUAUUUUGAUUUAUAUUUAAGAUAAAGAGAUUCAUGCAUCAGUGCUGAAAGUUAAAUGCUGUACUUGACGUAAUUGAUUUUUAGGUUGAGUAACUAUGUUGAGUAGGUAUGCUUUUAUAAAGUGUAAAUAAUUAAUAAGAAUGUACAAUUGUAUCUUAUUACAGUAAAAUAUCUUAAGAAAUGUGUGGUAUUUUCUUCAGGAAAACUGUUUUGCUAUUUUUUAUUCCCAACUUUUUAUUUAAACAUUUUUACCUCCACAGAAAAUUGGAAGUAUGGUACAAUAAACACUUUUAAACUUUUCACUGAGAUUCACCAGUUGUUAGCAUUGUGUCACAUUUGCUUAUUCUCUGUAUUUAAAUAUAUAACUUUUUGCUGAACUGCUUGAAAAUAAGUUGCAGAUAUCAACCAUACUUUACCUUUAAAUAUUCCAGUGUGCAUUGUCUAAGAACAGAGACAGCCUUCUUUAUAGCCACAACACCAUUAUAAUACCUAAUAAAACUAAUAAUUCUAUAAUA